UGCUCCUCAUUCAAUCCUCGACAAUGGUUUGCUUAAACAUAUUUGGAUUCUUAUUAUUCUUCACUCUUAUUCUACCAUCCUCAUUCGCGUUCAGUAAUAUGCUGUUCGUGAAAACGGGAAAUAUUUCUACUUUGUCAUUUUCAAAGUAUUCAAAUAAAUCCUACUCAACUACUUCCGCUCUGCGCUGCGGAGAGAAAUGUCUGCAUUUCCGGAAUAGUUCUCCUUGCAACUCAUUCUCUUUCAAUAAAGCAGAGAAAAAGUGCCGAACUGCUCAACUUCCUUUCUUGGAAAACCCAGAAUCUAUCGAGCUGAUUGAGGAGAUUUAUUUUCAUGUUGAUCAGCUGGAAAAUGUUGAAAUGAUCUGCAGAGGAGGAGAGGAUUGUUGCAACAGGAUAUUUUCAAUUUUAAAACUUUUAUUUUUUCAUUUUCUUAAGGAAUUAAAUUAUUCUUUAAUCCUUCAACUUAUGAAUGAAUCUCAUAUUUGAGAACAGCAAGCUGUUUAAAUAAAUUUACAUUAAUUUAAACAUUCAUUAAAUUAGAGUUAGAAAAACUUUGAAUGAAUUAAAUCUUCAACUUAAAUUUUUUAUGAAUUUGAUUCAAAAUUAAAUUCAAAUCCGUUUUUAAUUGGUCGCAGUUAAGAGACUAAAGAUUACUCCAAUGGAGCAUAGGGUGUAUUUAAAAGGUUGACGGGUGGGAUUUUGACCUCGGUCCCUUUGUCUCAAGGACUUUGGCGUAUAAACAUCCUAUCGUAUUCUUUUCCCUUGUUUACUAAAUAAUUUUGCACAAAGUAAAUAUGUCCAGUUUUGUACAUCCACCUAGAUUUAAUCAUUUAAUGUCUGAGUUUAUUAAUGUCGUCUUUACACCGGUCUCAGGACUUAGAGGAUAAUUUGAGAAAGAAUUUUUCUCUUCUGGAUGUGGAAAUAAUACCCUACAGCCUUGACAUGCCUCCAAUUGAAAACAUUUAGACUGUCUUCGGUGAUAAGCUUGUGGAGAACCGUUCAAUAUCCAAUCUUUAAAAGAAUCCUGAGGCCGAAUUUAAAAAAUUUGAGCGGCGGUUUAAAUAUAAG